AUGAGCAAAAGGUGUAAGCCGGUGAAGGGCGAUGCCGGUGUGCCAAAGUCCCGAGGUCCCGGAUUGCCGGAGCAUGUUGCGGCUGUUCGACGCCGGCUGGUGGCCACAAAUGGCAGAAAAGGCACAAAAGUCGCCGACGAGUGCCGUCAGUGCUUCGCGAAGAUUGCGAGGCGCGACACACAACGCGGAACGCGAAUUCCACACCGCUGUGACACACAUCCAUAUCCUGCGUUUGCGUUACGCACACACUUUUUUUAUUUGCGUGCAGUUGACGAAGUGCCGCGAGUGCGGGUGCGAUUCGAGGGAUCCGAGUGGACCCCGUUCGGCCUCACCAUUGACGCCUUCUACCGCUUCCUGCGCCAGGCGCUGCCGCUGGCCAAGGAGGCAGUGAUCCAGCUGAAUGCCACCAGCGCCGAGAUCCAAGGGGUGACCACUAUAAGUGGCUUGCCGCCCGGUGAUCUCUUCAACUACAACCACAACUACAACUACAAUUACAGUGGGCUGGAGCUGGACCUGGGUCUGGAUCUGGAUCUGGAUCUGGGCGGGACCACCACCACUGUGGCCUCCACAGUCACGGUCAAAUCGAACAGGAGUGUGCCGCGCGUGAGUGCCGAUGUGCCCAUCUGGGUGGUGCCCUGCUACUCGGCCAUCCUCCUCUGCGCCGUCGUGGGCAAUCUGCUGGUGGUGCUCACCCUGGUCCAGAACCGUCGCAUGCGCACCAUCACCAACGUUUUCCUGCUCAACCUGGCCAUCUCGGACAUCCUGCUGGGGGUCUUCUGCAUGCCGGUGACCCUGGUGGGCACCCUGCUGCGCCACUUCAUCUUCGGCGAGCUGCUCUGCAAGCUCAUUCAGUUUGCACAGGCUGCCUCCGUGGCGGUCUCCUCCUGGACCCUGGUGGCCAUCUCCUGCGAACGCUACUACGCCAUCUGCCACCCGUUGAGGUCGCGCACCUGGCAGACGAUCAACCACGCCAACAAGAUCAUCGCCAUCAUCUGGCUGGGCAGUCUGGUGUGCAUGACGCCCAUCGCCGCCUUCAGCCAGCUGAUGCCGACCAGCCGACCAGGACUGCGCAAGUGCCGCGAGCAAUGGCCGGCGCACAGCCUCAACUACGAGCGGGCCUACAACCUGUUCCUGCUCCUGGCCCUCCUGGUCCUGCCCCUGUUGGCCCUCAGCUUCACCUACCUGUUCAUCACGCGCACGCUGUACGUGAGCAUGCGCAACGAGCGGGCCAUGAACUUUGGCAGCAGUGGUCCGGAGGUGGCCACCGCCUCUGGAGGAGGAGCAGGAGGAGGAGGAGGAGGAGGAGGAGGAGGAGGAGGACCCGGCAGCCAGAGGCGCUCCAUCGGAGGCCACUGUCACCAGUCCCUUGACACGAUGCCGCCGCACCAGCAGCAGCAGCAGCAGCAUCCAAGCCAGCCACACCAUUCGCAGUAUUACUACGCGGACUACGGCCAUUGCGGCAGCAAGCGCCGGCUUAUCGGUGGAGGAGGUGGUGCCUGUGAAGGACGGAGGCAUCUCUACUGCAUGCGCAGUGCCUCGGUGAAGUCCCUGCGCCAGCAUCAGAUCAACGGAGUGGGAGGAGGUGCAGCCGGAGGAAGUGCACCCACUGACUGCUGCAGUCGGGUGCAGAGAAUGCGCCUCCAGCAGCAGCAGCAGCAGGGAUACACCAGCGACAACGAAUCCCGGCGAAAGUCCCUGUCCCAGCCCAGUCUGCGCAUCACAGAGGCGGGUCUGCGAAGGUCCAAUGAGAGCAAGAGCCUGGAGAGCAAGAAACGGGUGGUGAAGAUGCUGUUCGUCCUGGUGCUGGAGUUCUUCAUCUGCUGGACCCCGCUGUACGUGAUCAACACGAUGACCAUGCUUCUGGGGCCGGCUGUGUACGAGUAUGUGGGCUACACGUCCAUCAGCUUCCUGCAGCUGCUGGCCUACUCCUCCAGCUGCUGCAACCCGAUCACCUACUGCUUCAUGAACGCCAGCUUCCGGCGGGCCUUCGUGGACACCUUCAAGGGGAUGCGGGUGUGCGAGCGAGUGUGUGCCCCCUGCUGCUUCUGGCGCCGCAGGUCCAAGAACGAGACCAACUUGUCCGUGGCCGGCAACUCCAUUGCGCUGGCCAACUCGGUCAUGUCCAGCCACACGAUCCUGGAGAGCCCGCGGCUCUGAAACAGCAGCCGCCGGCGCAGGCAGCAGCCACAAUUGGCGGAGACGGAGUCGCUCUAGUGGCACACUUGUGAUGCAAUGCAAUGUAACUGCAAUCGAAACUGUGUGGUUGUCAACCGAUCUGCCGCGUUCUGAAUGUGUGUGGACAAAUGCUCUUACCCUCUUAGCAAUAAGUGUUUUAAUAGCUACUACUCUUGUGUGUUAUUAGCGUUGCGCCAAUGCGAGUUAUUCAGUGUGAGUUAUUUGACUUUGACCUCGCGUUCCAGUGUUUACACCUAUGUAUAAAAGAAGUGGGUGCAAUCAGCGACCCAAGCCGUUGCAAAUUGAGAUCAGCACACGCUAUGGAAAAAAAGGGGUGGACCUUAGUGGGUUGAAUACUUAAGGGGCUGUCCAUAUUUCACGUCAUCAUAUUUCUAACGAUUUUUCCAAAAGUUAUUGAUUCAAAAUAUACAACAAAAUCUAGUUUUUAGGAGUAAUCAAAUUACUACGCAUUCAAUGAUUUCGUAAUAUA